AUGAGUUCUGAGAAGUCAUCUAUGCUGCUGGGUUACUGGGAUAUUCGCGGACUGGGGCACGCCAUCCGCAUGCUGCUGGAGUUCACCAAUACAGCCUACGAGGAGAAACGGUACACGUGCGGAGAAGCUCCUGACUAUGAUCGAAGCCAAUGGCUAGAUGUGAAAUUCAAGCUGGACCUGGACUUUCCAAAUCUGCCCUAUCUUGUGGAUGGGAAGAAUAAGAUCACCCAGAGCAAUGCCAUCUUGCGCUACAUUGCUCGCAAGCACAAUAUGUGUGGCGAGACGGAGGAAGAAAAGAUUCGAGUGGACAUCAUAGAGAACCAAGUAAUGGAUUUCCGCAUGCGACUUGUCCAGAUCUGCUACAACCCUGACCAUGAAAAGUUGAAGCCUCAGUACUUGGAACAGCUACCUGGACAACUAAAACAAUUCUCUUUGUUCCUGGGGAAAUUCUCCUGGUUUGCAGGGGAAAAGCUCACUUUUGUGGACUUUCUCGCUUAUGAUGUCUUCGAUCAGAACCGCAUGUUUGAACCAAAGUGCCUGGAUGAAUUCCCAAAUCUGAAGGCUUUCAUGUGCCGUUUUGAGGCUUUGGAGAAAAUAGCUGCAUACAUGCAGUCCGACCGCUUCUUCAAGAUGCCCAUUAACAACAAGAAUGCGCAGUGGGGCAAUAAGAGAAUAUGCUGA